UCUUUUUCUUCGAACCUGUCACCACUUUGCCCUGCAACUUCUCUCUCUCUCUCUCUCUCUAAAACCCUCGCGAGAGCGUACCAAGAUUAGGGCUUUCCCAGAAAGCAAGACACCCACCUCAGCUCCUCUUCACACCACUGGUUUUGAGAUGAUCUGCGCACUUGGUGCUGUUUGUUAUGUCUUAUUCUGACUUGCUGAGAUUGCUGUUUGCCGUGGGGGUUUGGUGUACCGCGUAUAUUGCGGCUGCCGUUCUCGAGUCACUUCGGGUCUUCAAUACCCUUUGUCCGCGCUGAUUUCGAUAGCUGGUUUUGAAGGCUGCGAUGGGCUAUGCACAGCUGGUCAUCGGCCCUGCUGGCAGUGGCAAGUCAACUUACUGCUCGAGUUUGUAUCAACAUUGUCAAACUAUCGGGCGGACGAUACACAUUGUUAACCUAGAUCCUGCAGCAGAGAAUUUUGACUAUCCUGUGGCCAUGGAUAUUAGAGAGCUCAUUUCAUUGGAAGAUGUAAUGGAGGAACUUGGAUUGGGCCCAAAUGGCGGCCUUAUGUACUGCAUGGAACAUCUUGAAGAAAACCUAGAUGAUUGGCUCACGGAGGAGCUGGAUAACUAUUUGGACGAUGAUUAUUUAGUAUUCGACUGUCCAGGCCAGAUAGAACUUUUCUCACACGUGCCAGUGCUUCGGAAUUUUGUGGAGCAUUUACAGCGUAAGAACUUCAAUGUCUGUGCGGUAUACUUGCUCGAUUCACAGUUCAUCACAGAUGUGACCAAAUUCAUCAGUGGAUGCAUGGCAUCUCUCUCUGCCAUGGUUCAACUCGAAUUGCCCCAUGUCAAUAUCCUGUCAAAAAUGGACCUUGUGAAAAACAAGAGAGAUAUUGAUGAUUACUUAAAUCCGGAGCCUCGAGUCUUGUUGUCGGAGUUGAACCAAACGAUGGCUCCUAAGUUUGCGAAGCUCAAUAAUGCUUUGGCAGAACUGGUGGAUGAAUAUAGCAUGGUGAGCUUCGUGCCUCUUGAUUUAAGGAAAGAGAGCAGCAUACAAUAUAUAUUGUCCCAAAUCGACAACUGCAUCCAGUAUGGGGAAGACGCGGACGUGAAGGUCAAGGAUUUCGAUGAUCCAGAGGAUGACUGAACUCCCUAUAUGUACUUUUGGUGUACUCGGAGGUUAUUAUGUCUUGUGAUAUCUUUGAAGUGUGUUGGGCAGCGAUGUCGGUCCUUCCGUCCACGCAUAUCAUUGGGUUGAAACUCGUGUGAUACCUCUGGCGAAGUGGAGUUGAAGUGUAGAUAUAGGCCUUCUGUUCAGAGUCCAUGUGCUGGAGACUGACACUGUUUAUAAACUUCUACUCCAAUAUGAGUUAAUCCACCAGUUCGCUUUGAAGUA